AGCUAUCCACGUUUACUUCUGACAUUGCAAUUUGGGAAAUUAUCUACCAUUAACUCGGAGUCGAUUGAUAACGCUAUACGAUGAUUCAUACCACAUAAAUUUAAUGGCAAACUACCUUGGUAUACAGAAGACCCGCCAGAUAAUGAAAGCCACGCUCAAUCUGACAUAACCACGUUCCAACGCAUGUACAAUUAUAUAAAAUGAUCUUUGUAAUUCACAUGUUUAUAUGGUUUGCUUGGUGUUCUUGAAUGUCUAGCGUUAUGGUGUCUUUGAAGCGACACAAAAAGAAGUUCGUGUUAUUGAUCGUCUUAAUACUUUCGUUUCAUUCUAUGCUAUCGUCUCUUUUCAACGAUUUUAAACGCCAAUCCACUUCACCAAGACCGCCAAGAGCGACUCAAUCUUCCUCUAAGAAGUUAAACACAAGCGAAGUCUCAUUAAAUGCCGCAAAACCAAAAAAGUCGCCGAUUGACAUGGUCAACGAUUACUAUCCUUUUGUGGAUUUUAGAUUCGUUUAUCCUGACAUUUCGCCAAAAUUUAACGAAACGCGGAACAUAUUUAUGAUAAUAUUAGUCAAUUCUGCCGCAAAGGGAGUCAAGUACCGCAAACGUCGCGAAGCUAUUCGUGAAACAUGGGGAAGUACGGGUAAUUGCGAACAACUUAACGCAUUGAGAAAUGGAAAACUGAAAGACCUAAGAUGGUUGUUGCUGUUUGUUCUUGGAAAAGCAGGACCAGGAACACGUGACGAUGAAUUAAAUGAAGCUGAAGCCAGACGGUACAAUGAUAUGUUGAUAGGCAAUAUCACUGACAAUUACAUUAAUAACAUUAUCAAAUUCUACAUGGGUCAUCUUUGGGCGAACAAAUUUGAUGUAAAAUAUACCAUGAAAACAGACGAUGAUGUUUAUGUGCGUAUACCUCGCGUGUUGGAGUAUCUUGUGAAUGCUAAACUUCCAAGACCCUUCUACGGAGGUUUUUCUCGGGCACCCAGCCCUGUAAGUCGUAGAGUUGGUGUAAAAUCGGCCAUUAGUUACAAGUACUAUGAAGAAGCACUAUUCCCAACGUUUCAUCUCGGGGCAUUUUUUAUCUUAUCCACUGAUCUUCUAAACAAAUUGUUUAACUAUGUCUAUAUACGAAAACCAUUCCACACAGAUGAUGCGUACGUUGGGGUUGCCAUGCGAGAUUUUGGAGUAAAGCCAACAAACAUUACUUCGUUUCAUUUAAUACACAGUAUGCGAAGGUAUAUGGGAUCUUUCAAAGACUGUGAGAUCUUCAAUUGGAAUGCCUUCGGGCAUUCUUUGGAUCCACGAUCAAUUAAAGCACUUCAUAUUCGCGUGCAGUCUCUUGUGUGUAAGAAUACCACUUUGGAUAUUGAGGAUCAUCGUUGCAGAAAAUCCGCAACCAAAACAACGACAUCAACAAGAGGUCGGUUUCGAUAAUUUCUUUGUUCGUCGAGAAACGAGACGGGUUCGCAAUUGAAUUGUGAUAUUGAAAUAUGAAUGAGUACACCCUAAAUCUAAAGCACAAAUUCUUUCUUUCUUUUUUAAAUGUUUUGCUUUUUCGUGUAUAUUACAUAAUUCUUUAAUUUAGAAACAUGCAUGAUUUCAUGGAGAUAAUCUAAUUGUCGCGGGGUUUUUUUCGGGGGUCGCGGUUUUUUUUUGCGGGUCGCGGGUUUUUUUCGCGGAUCGUGGGUAUAAUUCGCGGGUCGCGGGUUUUUUUGGCUAGUGGCAGAUUCCCGUGCAUGUGAUUUUUUGUGCACAUGAUUUAAAAACAAUUUGGAACAAUCCCAAAUUCAAGUACGACGUGUGCCUUAGGGGAUCAGUAUGUUACACUCCUGUAACAAAAGCACUGAUGCCAAUGGUUCUACAACGGUCAUGCUUUUCGAUUUUCGGAAAGCAUUGGAUAUGAUGACGAUCAUUGGUAACAAUGAUAUCCCCCCGCCUACCUUAUAUUGGAUUCUAGAUUUUAUAACUCAUCGUAGGCUAAGAGUUAAACUGACCAAUGAUUGUGUUUCCGAAUGGAAAACGAUCCUGGCUGGAGUACCGCAAGGAACUAAGCUUGAGCCAUGGUUGUUUUUGGUCAUGAUAAAUGGUCUUAAUGUGACCGGUAAUGAUGAUUUUUGGAAAUAUGUAGACGAUUCUGCGAUGUCUGAAGUUGUAGAUCUGCAAAUCUGCAAAUAACGUUAUGCAACUGAAAGAAUCUAACUUUGUUUCCCCACAAAAAAUGGAAUUUGACCAUGUUAUUAAUAACGAUAAAAAAUUGAAGUUGUAUCGCAGGUAAAACUACGGGGUCUCACCAUCACAAAUGACCUCAAAUGGAACUCACACACUAAGUACAUCUGUAAAAAGGUUUCACCUCGUUUAUACUUUUUACGUCAAUUGAAACCUGCUAAAGUCCAACAGAAAGACCUUCUUCUGUUCUACACCACAUGCAUGUAUCCGGCCUGUUACUGAAUACGUACGCGUGUGCAUGAGGUGUUGCACGAUUCUCUCUCAAAAUACCUCUCUGACGAACUAGAAAGACUCCAAAAACGAGCCUGUAGAAUUAUUCUGCCAGAACACCGAUAUGUUGACGCUUUGAAACUUGAAAGAGUUAGGUAUAAUGAAUGCUUUAGAGUUUGGUAUAGCCAAAUAUUGUUUUCAUAUUUUACUUGUUACGUUAAUUUUCAUUAAUUGUAUACAGUAGGAUGCUAUAAAUGCAAAA